UUCAGUUUGGUUUUUCAGUUUUCCUGUUUGAACCUCGAUUCUCGGAUUGUAUACUUUUGACAAUUUUCAACAUUGAAUCGCAUUGGUUCAUGUGAUUUUGUUGGGUCAGUCGGUCAGUGUUUUAUGGUUCCGACAUAUUUUCAUCACAACUUUAUUAGACAUCCGAUGAUUGGCAACAACCAUAAAAGUUGGCUCAUGUGUUGUUUAUAUACAAUAUAAUGAAGAUGUCAUGUUUUCAAUGAAUUUAGAAAUAAUUUGUCUCUUCACCAAUGAAACAUUUUCAUUCAUUAAUUGACAGUGAAUGAUUGCUCGACUUGCUUGUUUUUUGUUUUGUGUAGUUGAAUUUACACUUUGAAUCGAUUUGCGGUGUAAAAAUAGUUUCUGUGCCAAAUUUGAACCGCACUGUCAAUUUGUUACAAGAAUUGUUCACUGAUUUGAACAAACAUUUGAUGAUGGCAAAUUUGAUGAUUUUACUUUUUCUCACCGUGUCGGCGGCCACUGAUUUGGCUCGUGCACAACCAUCAUCAUCAGUGAAUUGUAAAGCCAAAUUGGAUCAAUGUCAGACAGAUUUUUUCAACCAACUUAAACAAUAUAAAUUCAGCGAUCAUGAAAUGAGUUACUACCAACUAUGCAGUUCGGAUGGAUCGUACAUGCGAUUCGUUGAUUGUAUUCGACAGAUCAACGAACAUGAAGCUGGAUGUAAACAGCCACUACACCGUGAAUUAUGUAACAAGCGUGGAAUUAAAAUCUUUUCCUAUCGAUAUACGUGGAAAUCGAAUCUGGCACAUGAUAUUUGUUAUCGAACUUUUCCGCUUAUUGAUCAAGACUUUUUCAAACAUGAGAAAUGCAUAAGCAAAGUGCUGAAUACACCGAAAUGGCAUUGUGAUUUGGUUCAUUAUGAAAAGACUAAAAAAGCCAAUGGAUUGGAAGCUUGUGAACAUUGGAAAGCAUUUCGCCAGUGCAUCUAUGCAAAAGUGGAGGAACAUUGUGGCGAAAAGGUGGCCAAUAUUUCCGAUUAUCUUUUCCAUGCCCAUACAAGCUAUUUCAGUAAAUAUACUGCAUGCAAUCUACCCGGUGAGCCACAUACAAAAUGUUGGCUAGAUCUUAUCGAUUCCAUACCAAGGAUUCCGUCCAUGGCCACCACUACCACUAACAACAACACGGCAACAACUACGACUGCUAAACCGGAAACAACAACAUUGACAAUCGAACGGAAUCAUGAUGAUUUGAUGGCAAUCGAACAUGACAGUUAUGAUGAUGAUGAGCGAUUAAUCACCAAUUCUCGCACGAAUCUAAUACGUGAAGCUAAGAUGAAAAAUGAUCACGAUGACUUGAUUUCGAAUCAUCAGAAUGGACAACAACAACAUGACGAACAAUAUGCUGAAACAACGGCUACAGCCAUUGCUGGUCAACAAAAGUUUAAUGAGAACCAUGGCCAAACAGUACACCCGGAACGAUCUGUAAUCAUUAUUGUUGUGGCAUUAUUAACCAUGUUUCGAACCAUGGAUCGAAUAUUUUUCUCAUAGAAUAGUACGCAUCCUCGUCACUCGUAUCUCAUAUACAAUACAAUCUUUUGUUUGUUUUUGUUCCUUUUAUCUGUUGUAAAAUAUUUGCUGAUAAACAAACACAAAUGACUAAUCGUCAAAUCAUUUCAUAUUAUUAAUACUUGGUCAAUAAAAUUGUUGAAUGUUAGUCACUGAGAUUGAUGUUCAACGUGCUAUAUUUGUCCAUA